AUGGCUCUACCAAAACCGAAAUAUCCUCUGGAUGAUUCCUGUUCGAUACUAUACAACAACACACUAUACACAUACAACAGCGAAGCGUUUCAAUCGCUAUCGUUGGUUGAAGGAGCGGAAUGGACGCAAUUACCCCAAGGAGAAUCAGUGACUGGAGGAGUUUGCGUAAAGGCGACGCCUGCGAACGGGCAGGAUGCAUUAUAUAUCGUCGGCGGAACGAGUAGUAAUACUACAGAUGAAUACUCGGGUCUUCAGCGAUAUACUUUUGAUGAUGGGAAAUGGGAAACUAUAACCACUACAGUAUUAGUCGCUCAAAAUCGAUUAUGGCACAGUGCUGUCUACUUGAAUGCGUCGGACUCCAUUCUGAUGUAUGCAGGAAGUCAAGACGGUACCCAACAUCUAUCGUCUCAGACUUUCACAAUAGCAGCGUCGCCUCCAUAUAAUGUUCUAUCAUUCGGGCCCGCUGAUGGUGCUGUUGCGCCAUCUGCCGGCAUACAGCCUCUUUUACUCCCAUGGUCAUCGAGCUCUGCAAUCUAUAUUGGUGGCACUGACACAAAUACUGACGUGAUGGUAUUCGAUCCAGCAACAUCCUGGGCAAACUCAAACAGUACCCUGGCGUCCCCGAUAUAUAGUACUUCGGCAGUCAAAGCAGUUGUCGUGACGGGUGACGAUGGAUGUAAGAAUCUUUACACCUUCGACAUGACUGUGGCACCCAAUGUUGUAAACAGAACUGUUUUGGUUGAUGGCAGUGGAAAUCCAGUGCAAAGUGCGGAAGCCAUUGUGUCAACAAGCACCACUAAAGAAACAGCUACUAAAAGAGCUAAGAGGAGUAGUCUUACAGAGGCUGAUUGGCCUGCUUAUAAUGGUACACUAGCUCCGACAUCCACAAGGACGAACUAUUCUGUCGCGAUGAGCGCAGAUGGGGAAGUAGUAAUAUCGGGUGGAAAUGAAGAUGAUGUUCUGUGCAUAUUCGAAGCGAAAGAAAAUGCCUGGGCUGAUGCCACAUCAAUGUUGGUAAAAUCUCCAACACAACAAAUCAUCGUGCCGUCAACAUUAUCGUCGAGCGCAAGUCCUUCUGUAACUACAAGCUCCUCUAUAGCUACAAGUACAGGUAACUCUACCGCCGCUUCAGGUGGAUCAACCGAUGAUGAUGCCGACCCGUUUCCAUUGAAGGCACUGGCUGCAUUGCUGGGCUCUAUACUUGGAAUCGCUUUCCUGCUCGUUUGGCAUCGAAGAGGAGAUGAUAAAGGCAACGGGAGUGCGGGAAGUGGCACGAGCAGUCAUUUUGACAAGAACUACGAAGCUGCGAUAAGUCAUACUACACCACCGGACCAGUCUUUCGCUCAAAGCGCAUUGGCAAAAGAGGUGUCAUUCGGUCAAGAAACAGUUACGCCACGACCCCGUAAUCCUGGGACGCAGAGACGAGGCAGUACAAGGAGAUCGUCAGGCUGGAACCGAUAUUGGUCUGGUGGAAGUGCAAUGACAAGUUUCCUGGGAUUUGGCGAGUCGAAACGAAACACGUCCAAUGGUGACGACGAAGCCACCUCACAGUACUCCGAUCCAAGGCUACCAACUCAGGCCAAUACUCAAAGACGUCCAAGCCAAAUUACUACAGCAUCCUCUCUAGUGCCUCCUUUAAAAAUUCCCAUUCCGGGAGAUACUCCACUAUACCGAGUAGCAACUAAUAGUCCUACUGUAUCUACGGCUGGAUCUCAUUUUCCUAUGGCAGCAGAAAUGUCUGGCAAGAUUGAAGGCCUUCGGCCGGACUCUUACCUCAGCAAUACUUCAUCUUAUGAUGAUAAAUCUGAUGCAUACUCCAGCGGUGUUCCGGAGAGUGUAAAGGAUCCAGAAUCAUGGGCCAUGGGCCAUCAAGAUCCGUCUCGCAACAGGCCAAGCAAUGGCUACUCCGUGAGUGUAUAUACCACAAACAGAGAUACUGCGGGGGGUGAUAACUUUUCACUUCAAGUACCUCAACCACCACCACCUGUUCAACAACAGAGCCAACCCUCAAUCCCUUCAGACAUGAGCUGGCUGAACCUUGGUACCAAAACUCGAAUAUGA